GUUUAGGCCCCUGGAAAACAUAUAUAGCAGUUUAAUAAAGUGAUAGUUCCAGUCUUCUUUUUUAACUUCAUGCAUGGUUGCUGAGAUUCUGACCCGAAUCAGCUCUCCUACUCCAUCCUGCCAUGCCAGGGCUGGUCAUUCCCUCAGGGAUGCUCUGCCAGAGGGGGUGGGGUGGUGGUGCACAGCUGUUAAAUAAGACACUGAGCUGUGCGGCGUGACUCACUGACCGGCUGAACUCUUCGAGCGCUGGCUGCUCCUGCUCGAACUCACCACUGACCGUGGUUGCUAAGGUGCUGACCAACUAAAGCCGACUUAAGAAGAAACCAAAGAAGAUGUGGCAGUAAGGCUAAUCCUUUAAGACGCAGUUGGCUCUGCCGGCUUGGACUGGAGCAAUAAAAAUCUUCCUAUGAUCCCUGAGCCAAGAGAAGAGUGGAUCACACUGGAUCUCAGCACAUCCUAUUGGAAUUGGGCUGACAGCACCAGGCAGGCCAACAGAAUCAGUAACAAGGCCAGUUGCUGUCCUACGCUCCUGUCCUCCUGUCAGAGCCUGACCGAGGUCACCACCGCGCUUCAGCACACAUCCAGUGGCUUCCAGGAGCGUCUGGAGAAUGGACAUCAGACAGCACUGCACCGUGCGGCUGUCGUGGGAAACCGUGAGGUCAUCUCUGCUCUUGUCCAGGGAGGCUGUGCCCUCGACCUACAGGACAAGGAAGGAAACACUGCUCUGCAUGAGGUGGCAUGGCACGGUUUUAGCCAGUGUGUAAAAGCCCUGGUCAAAGCUGGGGCUAGUGUUCAUGUUAAAAAUAAGGCAGGGAACACAGCUCUCCAUCUGGCCUGUCAGAACGGACAUGCUCACAGUGCUCGAGUGCUGCUGCUCGGAGGAUCUGUUCCUGACAGCAAAAACAAUGCAGGUGACACAUGUUUACACAUUGCUGCACGGUACAAUCACGUGGCGAUGAUCAAGAUUCUCCUGGGUGCGUUCUGCUCCGUGGCUGAGAAAAACCAGGUUGGAGACACAGCUCUUCAUCUGGCUGCCGCCUUAAAUCACAGAAAAACAGUGAGUCUGUUACUGGAGGCAGGAGCUGACAGCUGCGUAAAGAACAAUGCCGGCUGCACUGCCCUCGACAAGGCCAGAGACAGUAACAACAGAGAAGUGGCUCUUCUUUUGGCCAAAUCCAAUCAGGUUCAGCGGUUUGCACGAGGCAGAACUGUGAGGAAGAGGAGGGAUUUACAGAGAGCGCAGAGAAGAGCCCAGUCUGUGCCUCGGGAUGAAGUGCUUGACCUUGCUGGGAAGGACAGGGCAUCAGUGGCUGAAGACACACACAGCAGUGACCGGGCACUUUGCAGGACAGGACAACCACUGCAUAAGACGACCACAUCCAGUCCUCACACCAGGAGGAAGACCAGGAGACUCAAAGAGAGGUCCGAGCAUGCGUCCCUGAGAGAGAACCUCCUAAAGACUCCCAGACGCUGCAGCCCAAGCCUUCAGGAAGACGGCAGGUGUCCAAACGGAAGAGCUUACCAGCUAUACACUCUGUACCGUGACGAGGACGGACACAUAAAACAGACACCUGCCAGUGGCUGUAACUGUAAGCCUUUAAUAAAAAAACUGGAGAACCAGCUGAAGACCACCAAGAAGGAGAUGAGGUCCCAGAUCCACACUGUGCAGGAGCAGAUGAACUGCAGACUGGGCAGAAUAGACCGUCAGAGUAAACACCAGAUUAAAGUUCUGGAGAAGAUGACACAGGAGCGUGUAUCAGCUGAGAGGAUGGAGUGCCAUUACCGCAUCAAUCAGAGAGCCACUGAGGAGAGGAUGGAGGACCAGCAGAGACAGCAGGCAUCCGCGGCCAGCAAGGUGAAAAGCUGGUGCAUGUCGAAGCUCCAGGACAUGGAGGUGCACUUACCAGCAGAGGCUCAGUACUACAAACUCCUCCACUCUCCUUCUACGGAUCGUUCCACGGGGGAGACUGACCAGGAGUGUCUCCCACUGCUGUCGGUCAUCUCUGAGGACAGCAUCAGCUCUCUGGCCACCUAUGUCAACGUGCUGCCGAAGCCAGCAGCAGCAGGAUCUGCUGGAAAAAGCCCUGAGUUUGAUGACCUUCAGGGGAGGAAAUAUUUUGAAGUGAAGCUGGACAGCUCGCCCAGUGGGCCAGGAGAUAAUUAUGAGAAUCUGUCAGAGCGCCAGGUCAUGCUACCGUCCCCAUGCAUGCCUGUAAACACACACAGGCCCCUCUCUCGACAGCUAGCCAACGCUGACCCCCAGUGGCUGAGCAAAGAACAGCAAGAAACUGAGUGCAGGCUGGGUCAGAAUGAGGAGUUCAGCUACAGCAGCACAAGCAGCAGCCUGUCCACUCCCAGCAGGGGCGUCGACGACAGUGACCCAGACCCUGUGAGGCUUCAGGCCUGGCACCAUCGCAGACACCUGAAAGACAGGAUCAAAGCCCACCGAGCCAGUGUCCAGCAGGGUGGCACUAUGCACACCCUGGAGUUUUUCUCUGAGCCUCCCACAGAGUCCCCGUUCAUCCGGGAGAGGGCCAACCUGCACGCAAUCGAGGUCACCCAGCGCUUUUUUGAGACAGUGUCCACACAGCUGGAGCGAUGGUACGAGAGGAAGAUCCAGGAAGCUCAGAGAGCUGUGGAGCACCGGGCACAACAGGACAGAGCCGGCCUGCUGGAACGCAUCAACACCCUGGAGGAGGAGCUCCGGAGGCUGAGGGCCAGCACUCCAACUGACUCUUAAAGGAACAGUUUGGCAAAAAAACCACAGUUUUCCUUCUUACCCCAGAUACAACACAUCAGCCAAGAUAUGUCUGGUGUCUGAAGUUUGCUUGCUUAGUUUUGCAUUGGAGCUCAGAGGCUUAAGUAGCUAACAUGAAAUGCAAAAGUGACAGGCAAGUGUGUGACAACUUAGGCAUGCAGUUAGCAUAAUGCUAAUGCUAAUAUACACUCCUGUGCAAAAGUCUGGGCACCCCCACUCAGAGGUAAUAAAAAAAAUCUUUCUUAAGAUUGUGUCAGAGAAAUAAAGCAGAUCCCAACAUUACAUUAAAGAAGCAUCAGUGAUUUCUGAAUUGUUUCUCCUAAACCUCCUCAGGGGAAAAGACUAGACAUCAGCGUUUCACUGUGAGAAGUUCUGGUGAUGAAGGAGAAAACAGUGAGGUUAACAUCAGCGUUUCACUGUGAGAAGUUCUAGUGAUGAAGGAGAAAAGCGGAGAUCAUCAGCGUUUGACUGUGAGAAGUUCUGGUGAAGAAGGAGAAAAGCGGAGAUCAUCAGCGUUUCACCGUGAGAAGUUCUGGUGAUGAAGGAGAAAAGCGGAGAUCAACAUCAGCGUUUCACUGUGAGAAGUUCUCGUGAUGAAGGAGAAAAGCGGAGAUCAGCAUCAGCGUUUGACUGUGAGAAGUUCUGGUGAAGAAGGAGAAAAGCGGAGAUCAACAUCAGCGUUUCACUGUGAGAAGUUCUGGUGAAGAAGGAGAAAAGCGGAGAUCAACAUCAGCGUUUCACUGUGAGAAGUUCUGGUGAAGAAGGAGAAAAGCGGAGAUCAACAUCAGCGUUUCACUGUGAGAAGUUCUGGUGAAGAAGGAGAAAAGCGGAGAUCAACAUCAACAUUUCACUGUGAGAAGUUCUGGUGAUGAAGCUGGAUCUGAGAUCAAGGGGGGAUUUCAUUUAGAAUAUUUCUUUCCUCUGGGGAGUCAAAUGACAUGUUCUGUUGAGGUUUCUAAGGAUAAAUAAGUAACACAUCCUCUACUGAACACAUUUUAAUAUGGCAUUUUUCUAGUGCGCAGUUUCUAUUUAUUUGCUGAUUUGAACAAAUUGGUGAAAAUAUAUAAAAUGUGUGACUUUUGCAAAGGCAACGUUGUGCAGUAGUGUGUCUGUAGAGGAUGGGUUCGCUUAUUUUCACUUAGAAAAUCAACAAAACGUUUGACUAGGGGUGCCCAAACCUCUGCAUAGGACUGUAGCAUUACACUAACUGCAUGCCUAAAUUACCACUCACUUGCCUCAAACCUUGUAAUAUCUACCCAACCUGCUUAUGUGAUUUCUGAGGCUGCGGGACACACGGCUGAAUGAUUUGGGCAUCUAACUGCAAGUUUUCUGACCUGUACCGCACCCGCAAUCUAAGCUGCGAUGAAGCUCCAGGCUUUUAUUAAAAACGUCUUUCUCCAUUUUUUCAGGCUGGAAUAGCUGGAAUAGCUGCCUUGAAGUCCUUGUUAGAGGUUCCUGCUUACAACUCGAGACAGUUGCAUGCAAAAGUUUGGCGCUCCUGGUGAAACUCCGUGUCCGUGUGAAAAUAAGUGAACCUAUCCUUUACUGAGAACACACUUCUGCACAAUUUAACACACUGUUGCUGUUUAUUUGCUGAAUUUAUUUUGCAUAUUGCAAA